AUGGAUAAAUUGUAAUAAUUAAUUUAAGAGUUCUUCAAUGUUUUAGAAUAGAAUUUCUUUCUUUCUAGAGAAUUUAAUAAGAUUUUCAUAUCUCAUGAGAAUAUGAAAUAAAUUGCAUAAGAAAAGAAAUAUUCUGAAUUGACAAUCAAAUUACUUGAAUUUAUUUUAUCAAUUCAUAAAAGCAAUUAACAUUCUGUACUUUAAGAUAGGAUUGCUUAAACAUAAAAACUCUUAAAAAAUUACCAUAGUUAAAUUAAUUAAUCAUAAAAAAAGGAAAUUUAACCAUAAAACUAGAUCACUGACAUUCCAGCCAUUAACAAUUAUAAAAGUAAUCCAGUUACACCUCGUAAUGUCUAAGUUGAUUAAAUAUAAACAUAAUUUUUACAACUUGAGAAGAGACAAAAGUCACAUUAAAAUCCAAGUAAAGGAAUGACAAAAGGAACACCUAAUAGUUCAUCUUAGUAGAGAUUUUUUGUGGAAGAUAUUCCUAAAAUGGGGAAAUCUCAUGUCAAAGAUGAUUAAUAAAGGAAUUAUAAUAUAAUAACUGGUGUGUGAAGACAAAUUGAAUAAAAUGAAAGUUAUAAGAAACAUUAA